AUGCGCCUUGCCACGGUUCCGGACACCGAAAGCAAGAUCAAGUCUGCCAUUCAUCUUCUUUGUACCCCAGGAAGCCCUCUUCAACUCAAGCCCAAGCCGUACGUCGCGAAGUUCUUCUACGCAGGACGCCCCGUUCAUCAAACAUUCUGCUAUGCCCUUCAUGUAGCCAAGCCAUCUCCCCAGACGCAGCCACCGGUUAUCGGGUGUGCCUAUUACCGAACAUUCCUCCGUGAGCGGCGGAGACGGUACACUCCUCCGUCUCACCCCAGGAAAAAGGUCAACUCUCCAGUCAAGAGACUAUGCGACUCCCACUUGCGAAGAAUCAUCCCGGAGAACUGGGCGGAGGACCCCUACAUCGUCUGUCUGCUGUUGUCACUGGCACAAGCGCAGGCGAUCAAACAGAAGAGAGCAAUGCCAGAGACUUUCCCUGUGCGACUCCUCGUGGCUUUUGACGGGGACAAGAAUUUCGCCCAUGUCUUCCAGGCUGACGUUGAUGCGCGUAUCCUCCAAGCACUCAACGAACCUAGAUUCGAUCUGAAUGGAAUCACAUGGCCCAAUGUUACACACACGAAAGUAGCCUUCGACCCUUACCUGACCUUUCCGCACCGCAUUGUGGCGGAGAUGCUUGGGUCCUACAUGGAGCAUAUGUAG